AUGCAAAGGCAUCCUAAAUCUCGACAAGGACACCCCUUUGGGGAUACCACAGGGCGUUUUGGCACUUUAGGUCUGCUGUGUGUGGAUCAGCGUUCAGUUGAAGAUGUGAAAACCCCACAGAGCCGUAGUGUUACCGUUACAGUCAGGACCAAGCUCCUGGGCAGGGAAAACCAGACAUGGAUGAGUGAGUUCAUUCUGCUGGGACUGUCCACCUGCCGGGAGACUCAGGUCUCCCUCUUUGUCCUUUUCCUGGCCAUGCGUCUGAUGGCUGUGCUGGGGAACUUCCUCCUCCUCCUCCUCAUCAUCAGACUGGACAGCAGGCUAAACACACCCAUGUACUUUUUCCUCAGUGUCCUGUCGUUUGUGGACAUCUGUUAUACCAACAGCACCGUCCCCCAGAUGCUCAUUCGCUUCCCGUCAGCCCAGAAGUCCACCAUUCUCCAGCGGUUUAUCUCCCUGGCAAUGAGCAGCACAGAGUUCUUCCUGCCGGAGGCCGUGGCUUAUGGCCGCUGUGUGGCAGCGUGCCAUCCACUGCACUACGCAGCCAUCAUGCACGGAGGGCUGUGCCUGGGGCGGGCUGCCGGCCGCUUGGGGGCUGCUCGCAUGAAUUCACCGAUGCAGACAGUCGUCAUCUUUCAGCUACCUCUGCGCCGUAAGGUUCUUAGUCCCUUGGCCUGUGAGGGGUUGGCUGUGCUGAGGCUGACCUGUGUGGACGUCUCCUUCAGCAAGGUCACGGUGGCCAUCUCGGGAUUUCUGGUGAUCAUGCUUCCCUGUUUCCUUGUUCUGUUCUCCUGUGGGGGUAUAGUUGCUGCGAUUCUGUGUAUUCGUCCUGCCCAGGGACGCCACAGAGCAUUGAGGACGUGCGCCUCUCACCUCAUUGUGCUUUCCAUGUGCUUUGGAACAGCCAUCUUCACAUACUUGAGACCCAUGGCUGGCUCCUCAGCAGAACAGGAGAAGAUGGUCACCCUGUUCUAUGCUGUGGUGACUCCAGUGCUGAAUCCCUUAAUCUACAGCUUGAGGGGCAAGGAAGUGAUGAGCGCCUUUAGAAGAGUGUCGGGGAAACUUCGUGACAAAGGGUAA